AUGCUUUUUUACCUUUUUAUAUGUUUUACACAUGCAGCAAUCACAAAAAAAUCUUUGAAAGGUAAACCAAAUUAAUAACAAGCUCUUAGACUUAUAUAGCAAGUAUUUAGCGAUUGAUUUUGAUGUUGAAAGUGGGUCUGCUUCAGGGUUAUCUAAAGAAAAGAAUAGCAUGUUUUAUUAAUUAGUAUACUAAAAAGGGCUUAAUGAGUAAACAAUCACAAAAGACCAUAUAUUUUUGAUCUGGCUUUAAGGAGGUCCUGGUUGUUCAUCAUAGAGUGCAUUUUUUGAAUUGAUUGGGCCAUUCCGCAUUACAAAAUCUGAUACUGACUUUACUAUUGAAAAAAAAGAUAAUAGUUGGAACGACUUUGCUUCAAUAUUAUUUAUUGAUCAGCCUUUUGAAACUGGGUUUAGUUAAGGAGAAAUACCAAUUAAUUCAACAUUACAAGCUUCAACCUAUUUUGUAGAAUUUAUGGUUGAGUUUUUCAAGGUUCAUCCUGAAUUUUUAUUAGCCAAAACAUACCUUACUGGUUUUAGUUAUACAGGCCAUUUUGCUCCUCAAUUUUCAAGCAGUUUACUUAAUAGUGACAUCAAGUUCAAUUAUUAAGGAAUUAUUAUUGGAAAUGGAUUAUAAAGUAUGUUACAUUAAACAUCAUCGAUAUCUUCAUACUUAUAUGUGAAUGGAUAUAUAAGUGAUAAGUUUAAGCAGACGAUAAAGAAAGAAGAAUGUCAAAUAUAAUCAAUGAUUCUUAAGUAAUAAGAUGAAUUAGCAGGAUCAGCCUUCAUCUAAUAUUAAAACGACUUAGAAACUUUUGCAAAAACUGAUCUAACUAAUAUUUUAUUAAAACAAGAAUAAAAAAGAUCAAAUGAUUGGAUUAGUUUUAUGAAUAAAUAUAAAGAUUAAUUUGGAAUUUAGAACAGUAUAACUGAGGUUUGUAAUUAAUAAGUCAAGUAACAGAUGGUACGAGAUUUCUCUUUUGAUUUGACAAAAAUUAUUGAAGACUUACUAAACAAAGGAACAGUACUUUUCUAUGAUGGUUAGAUGGAUGCUAGCAUAAAUUACGCUGGAACACAAAAUUGGUUAUCAAGCUUAAAGUCAGAAUAAAUAUAUCAAUGGAAAACAGCAUAAAAAUCUAUUUUUAAAACUAAUGGAAAAACAGUUGGCAAUUUCAAAAAAACAGAAAAAUUUACUAUGGUAACAAUAUACAAUGCUGGACAUGCUGCUGUUUUUGAUUAACCAUAAAUCUUAUAUUAAAUGAUGAAACAUCAUCUGAAUAACGAUUAAUAUUGGAGUUGA